AUGAUGGUUUGUUUGUUGAGAAAAUCAUAUGAUGAAUUGAUUAGUAAGAUUUAUAUGACACUUGGUUGGGAUCCAGCACACGUGAAACUCCACCUUUCUGUGAUUUUCGAUAGUCCCGGUGGUAGGCGUAUAGUGAAGAUCAAGAAUGAUUCGCAUGUAGAGUUCAUGAACCGUGUAGCUCCAUUGUCAUGUUUGGAUUUAUACAUAGAUUUGGAAGAUAUCACUCACGAAGAAAGAGAAGCGAGUUUGGAAAACAACAUGUCAUUUGGUGGUUUUCCAAGGGGGGAACGUGCUAGUACUUCUGGAAACUGUGAUGAAGAGGAGACACCUUUAUUUGCACAAGAUGACUACAUGGAAGAGUCGGAUCCCGGCUACAGAGCUCCAAGCGAAAGCAAAGAAGACCGUGAUUUCUCUGCAGAGAGUGAUUUUGAAGAAAGUGAUGAUGAAUUAUUGAAAUAUGAGGAAAGGGAUCUUAAUCCGUUGCCCCAACGCCAUGUAUAUAAUAAGAUGGGGAAAUGGGAUGCCUCGUGUGUGGACAAAGAUGAGUUUGCUCUUAAGAUGUGGGAUGAGACGCCCGAAGGAAUGGACAUUGGUGUUUGUUUCAAAUCCCAAUCAGAAGCAAAGCAUGCUGUGGAAUUAUUGAACAUCCAUCAUAAAAGAGAAUAUACGGUCGCUGCGAGUAGUCCAAAGACGUGGGCUGUGCGGUGCAGAACAUUAAAUGUGGAAAGUGAGGAUGGUAAACCACCAUGUGAGUGGAAGGUGCGUGUGUCUUUGAAAGAUCACGGCCUUCAUGAAAUUGUGAGAUGGCAUGAUGCACAUAAUUGCAUGACUCCCGUGAAUGAUAAUGACAAUCGGUGUGUGGACGCGUCUUUGAUUGCUAGACUUAUCAGGAGAAAGGUUGAGGAUAACGUAGAUUAUACGGUGGCCUUGGCACAGAAAGAUGUGAAGACCUUAUUGAAAGUAGAUGUACCAUACAAAAGGGCGUGGCACGGGAGGAGGAAAGCCAUAGAAGCGGUCUAUGGUGAUUGGACCUCGAAUUUCGAAGAACUUCCUAGGUAUAUCGCGGAGCUUAAGUUUACUAAUCCUGUGACUGUGGUAGAGUGGGAAUGGAAGGAGGGACAAGAAGCCAGUUUUGAUGCCACCCUUUUUGAUGGUGAUGAUGCUAGGUGGCGGGCUGUUACUGCUACACGGCUAAGUGACAGGGGUGGGUCUUUGCAUAUGGUGAACUACGAUGAACAUAGGUGGGAAUGUUGGUACACCUACGGAGACGUCCCAAGGAGCAGCUUGCCACCUUUUAGAGAUCAAUUAACAAGCCUGCGUAUUGAAGAUUUUUGGUGGCAACCAUAUGCAAAGGUCCUUGAUAGACUCCCUGAUUUCUGUAAACAAGGCCAAGCCAUUUGGACGACCAGGUGUUGGAUGUUUUGUUGGGCAAUUAGGGAACCUCACGAGUCGGGCAGAGUUGUGAGACAAUUUGGAUACAUGCAGGGUGUUUCUAGUCGCCCUAUGAUUAAAGAUAACACAUCAUUUCUUCUCGAUCACGCCCACAGUAUGUCUGGGUAUUCUAGCAACAACUGGAUGGAUCACCAUUCUGCAGUACGUCCUCACUGGAGAAAGAGAGAAAAGUACGUUCUACAAGAUUUGGAGGUCGGAUACCCUGGCGAAGUAUAUGAGGGGUACUAUGAAUGGUUCAUGAUGAAAACUGUCAAGCUGAUAUCCAAUCCCAAAAAUUAUGAACCUAAAGGAUACGAGACUUCUUCGAGGCGAGUGAAAUUAUAUGGUGAAAGUAUUGAACAACAUUCGCCUUUAACCCUGGGUGCAAAUGAUGAGAUUGACGUGGACGAUACCCAAAUCCUGGUUGAUGAAGAACCAUCUAUGCCCUCACAGCCUCCGCUGGAAAAUGCUAGACAAGUCCCUGAUCUAUUGAUUACAUGCAAUUCAGUCUCAGGGCAUGACAUAGGAUCUUUCGGAACCAUUUUGGAUUUUGGGAGGCUUGCCAAUCUGAGUUUCAGAACCUGGGAUUACCAUUCAGUUAUGACUAUGGAUAUUGAUUCACCUGAUAUUCGGAAUGAGAGGAGGGCUGGUGGAUAUGAUGCCUUGGAAGAGGAUGGAGUCGAGAAACGUAGAGAGUCCAGCAAGCAUCGAGUUAAGGAAAAGAGCAAGAGCAGUAGAAGAGAAGAUAAAGAUCAGAGAAGUAAAGAUAGAGAGCAUUCAAAGACUAGUCGUGAUGUCAAGGAUAGAGAGAAGGAGCCUAAAGAUUUAGAAAAAGAUAGGUCAUCUGGUAAAGACAGGAGACAUGAUGACAGGGAUAAGCUGGAAAAGGUGAAGAGUCAUGAUAAAGUCCGGGAAAAUCGGGACAGGGAUCGUGAUAAGGAACGUAAGGAUCGGGAAAAUGAAAAGGAUCGAGAGAGGGAGUUGGAUAGGGAUUCAGAGCGAGGAAGAGAUAAAGAAAGAGGAAAGGAGAGAAGUAGGGAUAAGGACAAAGACAGAGAGAAAGAAAGGGAGAAGCCUAAAGAGCAUGGAAGGGGGAGGGAGAAUGAAAGAGAGAGACAGAAAAAUGUCGUUGACAGAGACAAAGGAAAGGAAAGUUCUAGAGAGAAGGAGCCAGAUCAAGAUGGUGCAAGACAGAGGGACAGAGACAGAAAUACUACUAAGCACCGGGACGAAGACCGUGAUAAGAGCAAGUACUCGACAAAGGAUAAUAAAUCUGGUUCAGAUAUUAUAGCCGAUCAAGGUGACAUGGAUUUGGACUUGCGGGACAUGGAGGAUGGAAUGGUCACUGAGAAGCAGCAACAUGAGGAUGGUGAGGUUGCCGCGUCGCCAGUUGCUGCAUCAGAGUUGGAGGACCGCAUAAAGAAGAUGAGAGAAGAAAGAUUGAAUAAGAAGUCGGAAGGUGCUUCUGAAGUUUUAUCAUGGAUUGCUAAAAGUCGUAAGAUUGAGGAAAAGAGGAAUGCUGAAAGGGAGAAAGCCCUGCAGCUUUCAAAGAUUUUUGAAGAGCAAGACAACAUGGUCGGAGGAGAUGAUGAUGAGGAUACCACACCAAGUGCUACACAUGACCUCGCUGGUGUGAAAGUUCUUCAUGGACUUGAUAAAGUACUCGAGGGUGGGGCAGUUGUAUUGACGCUCAAAGACCAGAACAUUCUUUCUGACACUGGAGUUAAUGAAGAGGUUGAUGUACUCGAGAAUGUGGAAAUUGGAGAGCAGAAACGGAGAGAUGAUGCAUAUAAAGCUGCUAAAAAGAAAAGUGGAAUGUAUGAGGAUAAGUUCAAUGUUGAGGACGAUUCUGAGAGGAAAAUUCUCCCACAAUAUGAUGAUCCAGUUGCUGACGAGGGGGUAACUCUUGAUGCAAGAGGACGCUUCACUGGGGAGGCAGAGAAGAAACUGGAAGAACUUCGGAGAAGAAUUCAAGGGAUUCCUAAAAGUAACAAUGCAGAAGAUCUAAAUAGCACCGGCAAGGUAUUGUCCGACUAUUACACUCAAGAUGAAAUGCUUCAGUUUAAGAAGCCUAAGAAAAAGAAAUCUUUGAGGAAGAAGGAAAAACUUGAUAUAGAUGCCCUCGAGGCAGAGGCUAAAUCUGCUGGACUUGGUGUUGAGGACCUCGGUUCUAGAAGUGAUGGGAGAAGGCAAGUUCUUAGGGAGGAAGAGGAGAGAAAUGAUUCUGAAAUGAGAAACACUGCUUAUCAGUCAGCUUUGGCGAAAGCAGAUGAAGCAUCAAAAGCACUUCGUCAGGCGCAGAAUAUGGCAACUGAGAAAGUUGAAGAUGAUACACCUGUGAUUGGCGAUGAUGAUGAUGACCUCAGGAAAUCCUUAGACAGGGCUAGAAAGCUGGCUUUGAAAGCACAAGCUGAUGCUUUGACAUCAAAUCCCCUACCUAUAGCCAUUCUUGCUUCUUCUGCUGCUACUGAGCAGGGAAAUUCCUCAGCAGAGGCAUCAGAAAAUAAGGUCGUCUUUACAGAGAUGGAACUCUGGAGUCACCAACUUGAUGAAGAAGCUCAAAAGUCUGAUGCUGAAGAUGUGUUUAUGGAGGAAGAUCCUGUCCCAAAAGUUGCAGAGAUGGAGGCUAAACAAGAAGAUGGUGGCUGGUCAGAGGUAAAAGAAAGCACAGAAGAAGAAACCCCCAAAAGUGAGGAAGAGGAAAUAGUUCCUGAUGCUACAAUUCAUGAAGUUCCUGUUGGGAAGGGAUUAGCUGGGGCUCUGAAGCUUCUGCAAGAACGAGGAUCAUUGAAGGAAACCGUUGAAUGGGGUGGUCGAAACAUGGACAAGAAGAAGAGCAAACUGGUUGGCAUUCAUGAUGAUGAGGGACCAAAAGAAAUCCAUCUUGAGAAGACAGAUGAACAUGGAAAAAGGGUAAAACCGAAAGAAAUCCAUCUUGAGAGGACGGAUGAAUACGGAAGAAUUUUAACUCCGAAGGAAGCUUUUCGGUUAUUGUCACAUAAAUUCCAUGGCAAAGGACCUGGCAAAAUGAAACAAGAAAAGCGGAUGCGACAAUACCAGGAAGAGCUGAAGGUAAAGCAAAUGAAAAAUGCGGACACACCAUCUCUAUCAGUUGAGCGAAUGAAGGAGACUCAAGCUAGACUGCAAACACCCUAUCUAGUCAUCACUGGGCAAGUUAAGCCUGGGCAAACAAGUGACCCUAGAAGUGGCUUUGCAACUGUUGAGAAGGACCUUGCUGGUGGCCUGACCCCUAUGCUUGGAGAUAAAAAGGUUGAGUAUUUCUUGGGUAAGCGCAAGCCUGAGCAUGGAAAUGGAGGUCCGGAGAAGAAGCCUAAGAGUUGA